UCAAAUCCAACCCCACGAGCGCCCCCGCCACGUCCGUCCCGUUUCCUCGCGCGCACGCACCGGCCGACGUGACGACCAAUCCUCGACGAGGCCCCGCGGCGAUCCGAUCGAUCGUGCCGCGCGACGGCAUGGGCUCGGGAGAGGUGGUGGACCUGUGGGCGAUGGCCGCCGAGCUUGAGCGGCAGUUCGCGGGGUACAAGCAGCGGCUUGCCGAGCGGAACGGCAGCAAGCACGACGAUGCAGCCGCUGACGACGACACGGGCGGUGGUGUCGGCAACGGUGGCGGGGAGGAGGCGGAGGUGGAGGCGGAGGCGGAGGCGGGAGGUAGUGGCGGCAGCGGACACGACGUGCGGGGGAGGAUGUACGAGGCGUACGUGCGGAGGAGGGACGAGCGGCUGCGGGAAGGGUGGAGCGCGCGCAUGGAGCGCAAGGAGGCCGAGGUCAAGGCGCUCUGGGCGCAUCUCGAGCUCGGCGGUCGCGCAGGCGCCAGCGGCGGCGGGGAGAAGGCCCCCGGCGGUGGUGGCCCGACGACGGACGACGGCACGGCCGGAGACGAUGAGAUGAAAACUGAGCGAAACGACGACGACAAGAGAAGAAGCUCGGACGCUGCUCUUGCUCCGAAGAGGAUUUCCGGCAAGAAACACGCGCGCACCAGGAGCUUCUCGUCGUCCAUCACCACGAGCAGGAACCGCACCGACGUCGGGAGGCGGCGGGCGCUGUCGCAAGAACCGCCGCCGUCGGAGCCACACGCCGCCGGUGACGCCGGCAAGGACAACCGAGCGCGGCCGGCCGGCAGCGCGGCAGGCACAACCACAGCGACGCCGAGACUGAAGACGUCCUUAAGGCGCAAGAACUCCGUGAAAGGGCACGGCUUCGCUAAGCCCGCGGGACCGAAGCUGCCGCGCUCUCUGCCUCGACGGGCUAGCUCCGGCGGUCUCGAGCCUCUCAGCAGGGAUGUUGUUCCGCCGAUCGCCGAUGCGGCUGCGCCGGUGCAGAGCCACUCGAGCGAGCAGGCUGUCCAUGGCGGAACCCCAAAGGUUUCUCCGCCGAGGCCGUUCGUCGUCAGGGGCAACAGUUGCGGCGGCACCGACGCAGCGAACGCGCGAACCGCCUCGCCGGACUCAGAUUGCAGCGAGGUGGUCAACGCUGUAGCGGACGCCGAAGCCAAAGCGAAGAGCACUGACAUCAGGAAACGCAGCGACGAGGAAGUCAACGCCUCUCCUGACAAGCUUGGCAAUCCGAAUGGAGAGAUCACCAGUGAAUCGGACACUGAGCCGAGCUACGUCUACAUUAACAAGGACGUCGUCCAGGAGCAAGCCAUGCGCCUUCCCGAGCCUUUGGCUGCUUCGGAUGCUGAGCCAGAGUUCUGUGUGAAGACCAACGAAGAGAAUGCAGAAGAGCCGACGGCACCAACCGACGCCACUGCCGCAGAAAUCGCGACGACAAAUGCAGAAGAAGCACCAGCAAGAGAGAGCUCCGACGAGGCCUCUUUCUCCGGCAGGUCAGGGCGGUCCCAUCCCAAUAGCGCGCGGCCAUCAUUCAGCUCUCGGGAUCAGUCCAUCGAGAGGCUGCUCGAAGCGGACGCCGCUCUCCUGCGGAAGAAGCGCGCCGAGAAGAGCGCACUGAAGACGCCAAGCAGCGCGGGCAGUAGAGACUCCGGCACGGCGCGGUCGCCGAAUGGGACGGUGAGGGGGUUCAAGAGGUUCCUGAGCUUCGGGAAGAAAAACAGAGGCAGGGAGGUCACCGUCAUCGACUGCACGUCGCCGUCCAUGCCCUCGCUGGCCGACGACGACAGCGCGAGCGGAAGGUGGCAGUCUGCUGGCUCGAUCAAGCCCAGGAUGGGCUCCUCGGAUGCUGCCUCCCAUGAUACCGACCAAGGCUAUCCGGUAUCACCACGAGCAGCUUGCUCUUUGCAAAGCCUUGUAGCUGCUUCUCCUGCAAAGUCUGAACUGGCUGAGAUAGUUCCACAGGAGAAAUCGCCAAAAGCUCAUCGAUCAUUCUUCUCAUUUCGAUCGCUCAAUUGCGGAAGGCGCUGAUUGAGACGUUCGGAAUUUAGUUAUUGUAAAUUUAAGAAACAAUAAUUCCUAAUUUAGGUUGUUGUAUAGACCCAUCAUGCAUGAAGGCCAAGAAUGGAGAAAUUCUGGACCUUCUCAGUUUAUUACGAUGUUUAUUAUCAUAACAUGUGAAUUGUCACAAUCAGAAUGUAUGUUUGGUUACAGUGCCAUGGAAGUAAGAAAACUAUUUCUUCCACAGUAUGUCGUGUUUAAUAUUUUUAAGAGGCGGGGGGA